AUGUCGUCGAGCGAGCACGAUAUUCCCGGCGGAACGCCCGCAAAGUCUUCCUCCGACUAUGCCGAGGAAAAAGAUAUCGCUAUUAAUGCCGAUCCGACCAGGUUUCUCUCCGAGUCGCACAAGUCGUACCUGAUCGAACGACAUGGCACACUGGAUCUCGACCCUAUUCCUAGCAUGGACCCGGCGGAUCCAUAUAACUGGGCGUUGUGGAAGAAAACCACUAAUCUAGCCCUGGUUGCUUUCCACGCUUGCAUGGGCACAUUCACUGCAGCAGCUAUCAUCUGCGCUUAUGAGGACAUCUCCCUCGAUCUGGGCGUUUCCAUCCAGCGCGUUAGCUAUCUGACCUCGUUGCAAAUCGCCAUCCUCGGAGGUGCCCCAUUGCUGUGGAAGCCACUCUCGCACAGAUUUGGUCGACGCCCCAUUUUCCUACUGUCUUUGAUCUUGAGCUGCGUUUGCAACAUUGGUUGUGCAAAGAGUACCAAUUAUGCCUCCAUGGCGGCUUGUCGGGCAUUGGUGGCUUUCUUCAUUUCGCCGGCUAUGGCUAUUGGAAGUGGUGUGGUUACGGAGACUUUUUUCCGUCAUGAGCGUGCCCGGUAUAUGGGUAUUUGGACUAUCAUGGUUACCCUGGGUGUGCCAAUUGGUCCCUUUAUCUUUGGAUUCGUGGCUCAGCGGGUUGAUUAUCGCUGGAUCUACUGGGUUCUGGCAAUUACCAACGGCAUGCAGGCUAUUCUUUACCUCUUCUUCGGUCCCGAAACUCGCUAUAUUGGCGCCGACAUUCAGUCCGAAUCCUCCGCUUUCAAGCGCGAGUACAUGUCCCUGCGUCGCAUCGACCCAACCCCGAUCAAGGCGUCCGAGUUCUACCACCCUUUGACCUUGUUCACAAACAUCCCCGUCCUCCUCGCCACGAUCGCGUACUCGAUGGUCUUCCUCUUCUGCUCCGUCCUGAAUUCCGUCGAGGUACCCCAGCUUCUACAAAGCAAGUUCGAGUUGAAUGCCCAACAGCUUGGUCUCCAGUUCCUUGGUCUCAUUAUUGGCUCUCUGCUUGGUGAGCAAUUAGGCGGCUUCAUGUCUGAUAUGUGGAUGAAUGCUCGCGCCAGGAAAAUCGGUCACAAGCCUGCGCCCGAGUACCGGCUGUGGCUUAGCUAUAUUGGCUUCCUCCUGAGCAUUGCGGGCAUGGUUGUGUUCCUGGUGUGUACGGAGCAAGCUACCGAGGGCAAGUGGAAUGUGAAGCCUGUGGUUGGAACUGGCAUUGCCGCGUUUGGCAACCAGGUCGUCACUACUGUUAUGACGACUUAUGCUGUUGAUACCUAUCCCCAGGACGCGGGUAGUGUUGGUGUCUUUAUCAACUUUGUGCGAUCGACCUGGGGAUUCAUUGGACCUUUCUGGUUCACCUCGAUGUUCGAUAGCGUCGGCAUCGCCAAGAGCUCUGGUAUUGUUACUGCGCUGAUCAUGGGCUGCAGCUUCUUCCCUACUGUGUAUUUGCAGUGGCAGGGAAAGCGGCUUUAUCGCCGCGAUUCAGAGAUGCUGUGA